AAAUACUCGAUUCCAUCGAAAAGCAUGGAAAUCUCCGAUAAAAGAGGAGUUGAAUUCAAGGGUUUUUGAGUCUCUCUUCUCUCCGUUUUGUUUGUUUGUUUUAUGAAACCGGAAGUGAUAUAAAUACCUAGGGUUUUGUUUUCUGUCUCUCUGAACGACGAGAAUGGUGGGAACAACAGAGGCAGUGAAUUCAUCAGCCUCCAACAACAAGAAGAACCGUAUCCAAGUCUCCAAUACCCAGAAACCCCUCUUCUUCUACGUUAAUCUCGCCAAGAGGUACAUGCAGCAAUACAAUGAGGUGGAACUCUCAGCGCUUGGAAUGGCUAUCGCUAGUGUUGUUACCAUUGCUGAGAUAUUGAAGAACAAUGGGCUGGCCAUCGAGAAAAGUGGGAAAAUCAUGACUUCUACCAUUGACAUGAGAGAGGAAUCAGGCGGACGACCGGUACAAAAAGCAAAAAUUGAAAUACUGCUGGGGAAGUCAGAGAAGUUUGAUGAGUUGAUGGCAGCCACUGCUGAGGAAGCCUUAGAUAAUGAGUAAAGCUAAGCUAAGAAUAAGAUGCUCCCUUAAUUUUAGCCGUGUCACUUUGAUUGUGAGCAUCUUUAACAAUUCUGUUCUUGUUUGCCUGUGAGUGAAGCUUAGUCACUGUGAUGAGAUUUUAGGAAUUUUUGUAAACUACUAUUGCCGUUUAUUAUUCGAUAUUCAAAUUUGUUGUCAA